GAGUUCUGGAAUGCAAAGCCGUUUCUACCUACCUACCUAUCUUGUAACAUACAUAGAUAAUCGGUCAACACGGAGAGUAAGGAGCAAACAUGCUUGUAGGGGAGCGCGCUGGUGUUUCGUUGGUACCAACUCCGGUUGGACUUUAAAUAACAAAGCCGACGCAUUUCUCCACAAAUCUCAAGUCGCUGACGCCGAGCCCUGCCUUUUUUUGACCCUGCAUCCACGCCCACUUCACGGCGUCCUCGGCCAUGAUUGCCUGGACAAAGAGGUUGAGGGACGUCAGCCCGCCAGACAGUCACACCGACUAGAUGCCGAAACACCAGUCCAGAAGGAUGCGGAAAUGGCUCCAAAAGCACGAUUAAAUUGAGCACGGCGAAGUUCAUAAAUAUUACUUGCAAGGUCACCUGCUUCAGCUAAAACGAAGUCUUGGACGGCACGACGUUGCCCUGGAACUUGGGCAUGGUGCGCACCGUGUUGGCGGUGCCGACGCCGCUGAAGCUGACGAGCAGGGCGUCCUUGGGCUUGACGCUGAUGAUAAGUGCCGAGAAAAUGAACCGUGUGGCCCUGGCCAGGGGAGCCCGCACGUCCCAGGUCAUCACGGUCUGAGCAUGAUGGAAAGUAAUCAUUUCAAGGCAGCGGAGACGCGAGACAAGGCGUUCGCAAAUGACAAAAGCCCAAAGGAUUGGUGAUUGAUAUGUCUGCGACGAUGAGAAAACAGAAUGCGACGACGGGGACACGGCGUUUCGGGCCUUGCAAGCACUUCUGGCCCACUCUAGAGCCCCCGUAUGUGUGUAAGACGUACUCGGUAUCGGUAGAUGACCGGGCGCCGCUGCCACGGCCCGGUAAUCCUCUGGGCCCCGAAAAACGGGACAACAGCUCCCUUGAAGGUCGGCUGAAUUGAUUGUCGCCUGUACCGCCCUCUGUGCUACCCAGAUACUGCUUUAUGAUAACUAUUUCAGUAUUAGAUCCAAGGGCCACGCCUGCGCACACAGUUUGACGUGGCUCCAAGCCGCAACAAGAUGUCCGCCCUCAUCAUGUUGUUCCUCUCGUAUGGUCUCUAUCUCCUUGCGGCCACGGUCUGUGUCCUGAGUCUCGUGGCUUUGGCGGAGCUCGUGAUCCCCGGCUACAGCCCAAAAGUGCUCCGGGUGGCCUUGUCAAAAGUGUUGAAUAUCAUACUCGAGCACAGAUUCCCGAUCCAGACCCCCGACGGACUCCAUUCAAUCCCGUCUUGCCCUUAUCAGUGGCCCAACGGUCAAGGAGACGAUGGAAAGUUUCUAUCGGGCAUCGAGAACUCGGCGCGCUGGCGAGCCAAGCACGGGAGCGUCUAUCGCAUAUGGUCUGGCAUGCAUCCCGAGGUUGUCCUGACAGAGCCGGGCCAGCUCUCGGCCGUGUUCAAAGACUCGGACAAGCACACCAAGGCGCCUGCCAACAACUCGGGGGCAUACAUGGACCGACUUCUCGGCAAGUGCGUAGGGCUCAUUAGUGGCCAGGAGUGGCGGCGUGUCCGAGGCGUGGUGGAGGGUCCUUUUGGCUUCCACGCUGCGUCGUCGCCCUCGAGUUCCAAAGGCAUCGAGAGGAUCGUAGCGAGGCACUUUGAAGAGCUGGCUCGGACGGGCCGUCUACGAAACGGCCUGAUACACCCUGCCGAGGACCUGAAGAUGCUCCCAUUCUGGGUCGUCUGCGAGGCCCUGUAUGGCCGCCUGCCCGACCGUCUCGUGCGCGAGCUCAACAGCAUGGCGCCUCUGCGAGAGGGUCUAUUUCGUCACGUCAUGCAGGGCGGCCUGGCCCGCUUCGGAUGGGCCGCGUGGCUCCCCACGGCCGCCAACGCCGAGAUGGACGAGUUCCAGCGCCGGUGGACGGCCUUUAACGAGGCUGCAUAUGAGUUCGCCAAAGCGCAGCAGCAGCAGCCCUCCAACAACAGCAGCCCUCAUGACAAACUCCCACCCAUUGUGGACAUGGUGGACAAGAUGCGCGCCGGCCACAUCACCCAGGAGCAUCUGCUCCAGACGCUCGACGAGUCCCUGUACGCCAACCUCGACGUCACCACGGGCAGCCUGUCGUGGAACCUGGUCUUCCUCGCGGCGAACCGAGACGUCCAGGUCCGGCUGCGCGCGGAGCUGCAGGCCGCUUCGGACCAGUCACCGCAGUCGAAAGAGGCAUAUCUGCGCAGCGACGCCACCCUUCUGCACGCGUGCGUCCUCGAGUCGAGCCGGCUCAAGCCCCUGGCGGCGUUCAGCGUGCCGCAGGCGGCGCCGUCGGCCCGCACCGUCGAGGGCUACGUGGUGCCGGCGCAAACCAGCUUCGUCGUGGACUCGUACGCCAUCAACAUCCACAGCGACACGUGGGCGCCGGACAAUGCGGCGUACCGACCGGAGCGGUUCCUCGGCAAGGGGGGCGGCGGCUCGGAGCUGCGCUACAAGUUCUGGCGGUUCGGCUUUGGCCCGCGCCAAUGCAUGGGCAAGUAUCUCGCCGACAACAUCAUCCGGCGGACGCUGGCGCACGUGGUCCUCGGCUUUGAACUCGGGUGGGCGGAUGAGGGGGAGGACUGGAGCCGGGCGAGGGACAUGUGGAUCACGCAUCCCGACUUUUGUAUACGGUGCACCAAGAGUACGCAGGAGCGAAUGACUGCUGAGACAGGGGCUGGACCACAUACUGAAGUUUAGAGCUAAGAUCAUAAUUUGUUGUUAGUCUCAGCGAAUAGCUGUGGGGAAACGUGGAAGGGAGUGGGUUUUAGAGCCCCUGUCCCUUGAGUAUACGUGGUAAGUUCAUCUAGCUUUGCGAUUUACUGUAAAUGAUUUUAUAAAAUAUGCCGUACUCGAAAUACACCCAAAGCAGAAUUUCAAAC